AGAUUAAUCCAAUUUUAUAGUUCAAUCAUAAAUAUUACAACAAAUAUCUCACCACAUUUCUUUAACUCAAAUGGAUCAAUAUUUUACUUAUAUCAUAGUGCCAUUGUUGGUAACAGUUUUUGGUGUAUCAUCUUUUGGGUUAUCAUUUGCUAGAACCGUUUAUACAGAAGGAAAAAUUAAUUCAAUUUGGGUAAUAUCAGCAACUGGAUUUGAAGAUCAUUCACUUUUAGGUUAUAUUAUUGGAUCUCACUUAAUUGCCAUAGUUAUUUGUUAUAGUGGUAAUCAUAUGCUUGUACCUUUUGCUAUUGUAUCUGUUGCUCUGUCAUUUAUUUUAAUGUUACUUAGCAGAAUUUCAGUCCAUAGUUUCUAUAAAAGCACCAGUUAGAAUCUAAAUAUUUAGCUUGAUAUUCAGAAAUUUGUGAUUUAUAUUUUUCAAUAUAUAUUUGUUUGUGUUAUGUUUAAAAAAGUUGGUAUAAUGGUUCAUAUGUAAAUGAAUGUAUG